CCCAGUUCCACUCCUAAGCACUGUCGAUGGAAAACCACUGCAUUGGAAUCUACGGUAGAAAAAAGUUUGCAACGCGGUAGACCUCCUGAAAUCUUAGUUGUGUGAGUUGCCUCUGUGAUUUGUUGUAACAGAUCAAAGGUUUCCGAUCAAGUCGCCUAAGGAAUCUAUUUGCAAUGAACUGGGGGUUUCUCCAGGCCCUCAUUAGUGGGGUCAACAAGUACUCUACAGCAUUUGGCCGUGUAUGGCUUUCCAUAGUUUUUGUUUUCCGAGUUUUGGUGUUUGUAGUUGCAGCUGAGAAGGUUUGGGGGGAUGAGCAGAAAGACUUCAAGUGCAACACAGCACAGCCAGGCUGCCACAAUGUCUGCUACGACCACUUCUUCCCCGUGUCUCACGUCCGGCUAUGGGCCUUACAGCUUAUCUUUGUCACUUGCCCCUCAUUCUUGGUGACGAUGCAUGUAGCAUAUCGAGAGGACCGCGAAAAAAAGCACCGCCUCAAGUACGGCGAAGGCAUCAAACAUCUCUACAAGAACACGGGCAAGAAGCGUGGAGGCCUCUGGUGGACCUACGUCCUCAGCCUCGUCUUCAAGAUGGGAGUGGACGUCACCUUCACCUACCUGGUCUACCACAUCUACGAGGGCUACCACUUCCCGGCACUGGUCAAGUGCUCACAGACGCCAUGUCCCAACGUGGUGGACUGCUUCAUCUCUCGGCCCACGGAGAAGCUCAUCUUCACCAUCUUCAUGGUGGUCACCAGCCUGGUCUGCAUCCUGCUGUCCUUCAUUGAGACCGUCUACCUGGUGGGCAAGCGCUGUGUGGAGAUUGGCAAGCGGAUGCACAAAUCCCGGCACAUGGAAGUGACCGCUUCCAGGAUGGACAUGAGUAGCGCAGCCAUGUUGCUGGACUCCAACUCUGGCAGGCGGACUGGCAAAGACACAGGCAGUCCGGCACCAUCCUACAGUGUAGCCAUCGCCAAGACAUGACGCCUAGAGCAGCUAUAUCCCUCUUUACCCAACCACAUUCCUAGAUAGAUAGAUACUUUAUUGAUCCCCGGGGGAAAUUCAAGUUUUCCUUCAAGAUUCCUCUGGGGCUCCUCACCAUAUGUAAACCAAGUACACACCCACCCUUUGUUACAGUCUGAAUGAAGGCAAAUACAUUCUCCUUCAUAAGGAAUCCAUAAUUUGCAGGCUAAAAAACUAUAGAACCUGACCCUAAUCUUGCUGAGAUGUUGCUCUGUUUUCUGGUUUGAGACAGUUCAUUGUUAUCGUUCAGUUUGAUCACAUUUAUACUUGUAUGCCUUUUUAGCUCUAUGCACACUGCCAAACUGAAUAAAAACUCAAACACUGCCCUGAAUGUAUUUAUGCAUUCAAAAAACAAUGUGGUGGAACGACAAUCAAGAGCAAUGCAGUCAAACGACUUCCCACACAGCUCCAGUUAACCCUUCUGCUAGUUUAAUGUCUGAUACUGUUUGAAUGUUUGAUUCCAUGUUUGUGUGACCAUUUUGGAUUGUAAAUUAUUAUUUUUUGUGAUAUUGUAUUUUGAGUUGCACAUUGUUUUAAGUUGUUCUGUUACAUUUUGGGCUUUCUAAUCCCUUUUAACGUUCCUGAGGGAAGAAAGACAACUGGUUUCCCAGCUCUUUUAACUAGUUUCACUGGCAGUACAGGAAGGGAGGUAUAAUUCAACUGAAUGCUCUUAACUCUCUAGUUUCUCCCUCUCUUGCCCCUCUUGGACCAGAAGCAACUAGGGAAAGCCUAUAAUCUAAACAGACCAUUGCUUGUUUACAUACAUGUUUUACACUCUUGUGUCUUUUAAAACAUUUGUCAACUGUUUACCAGAUUGUGUCUCCAUUAAAUACAGUCUGAUUUUUUUCUUAA